GUGAUUAUUAAAGUUCAAACAUAAACAUUAAAGUUCAAAUGUAAACGAUGCCUGUGUGAUAAUUUUAAGUGCGCAAACAUUUGCUAAUAGUCAGUGCCAAUAUUUUCUCUGGAAAAUUACCACUACAUAUAUUCUGUUUGAUAGCAAAUACAAUAUUGACAUUGCACUAAAGUUACAAUGAAACCCAUUAAAAUGGAUGAAAUCGAUAGCGCCCUUCGUAGAAGAUAUCCAGUGGUAAAGCAACAACAGAAAGAAGCCACACAAGAGAAGGAAGAAAAAUCAGAAUUCGUGGCGCGAGAAUCGCCAUUGACUGUUCUUAUAGAAAAUUCUCUUCACAUAAGAGCAAUAUACCACAUUUUCGUGGCAAUUGUUGUGGUAUUGCUGUGUGACACCGUUAUAUACGACCUCGUGGAACGUGGAAAAAUCAGUGUCGGACUUGGAUCGGUCGUGCAUGGAUUUGGAGAUGUAAGGCGCGCCCUGAGAAUAUGGCUGCUUCAACUGUUGCUGGCUCUCGUAGUAUACCCAGGGAUAUGGAUAUACGCUGCUGGAAGGAGAAUAAUCAACAACAAACCAGGUUUAUGUAAAAUAUGGGCAGUUCUCGGAUCUGGCGGGUUGUUCGCUAUUGAGGCAACUUUGUUCAGUCUAACAUGUUGGGACUUGGGUACAAAGCAUUUGGCGAUCGGGUCAGCUGUCGCCGUGACUUGCGAAAUGUUUAGAUGGGCCAUGAAGAUCUAUGCUGCGGCGGUGUCACUUCUGCCACGUUGCCACAAUGGCACUAAGCCUUUACCAACGUUCCGCCAUUACUUGUACUUUCUCUUCGUUCCGACGCUUUUAUACAGAGAUGAAUAUCCAAGAACAAAGCGCAUUAGAUGGAGCGUGGUCGUAUCUCACUUUUUGGAAGUGGCGGCUAUAAUAUUUUACAACUGUUUUAUUUGGGAGCGAUUUAUUGUACCGUACUGGUCCGAAUACGGAAAAGAACCAAAAGUUGAAGCUGGGACAGUUGUUCGUGCAAUGUUUGCAUGUAUAUUGCCAGGUAUAACAUCAUUCUUGUGUGGUUUUUACUGUCUUUUACAUGCCUGGUUCAACGCUUUCGCGGAGAUGCUUAGAUUUGGAGAUCGCCUAUUUUAUGAGGACUGGUGGACUAAAUCGAGGUAUUCGAACUACUUUCGUGCUUGGAAUCGUGUUGUCCAUGGCUGGCUUCGUGAUUUUGUGUACAGACCUUUAUCACUCCGUAUCGGAAGAACAUUCGCAAUUAUUACUGUUUUUCUUGUGUCGUCGGUAGCACACGAAAUAAUCCUAGCUCUGUCGUUUGGCUUCUUCUACCCAGUGCUGGGGAUGCAGUUUGGUGUCGUCGGAGUGCUAUUUCUACCACUAACAUCGGCAAGCGGAAGACGAUUCCCUACCGUUUUAAAUUUUCUUAUUUGGCUGUCAUUAUUUUUUGGAAAUGGUCUUCUAUGGAGUCUUUACCCUAUGGAAUACUUUGCACGUCAAAACUGUCCACCGUCAGAAAGUGACAGCUUCUUCGUGCCAAAGUCAUGGUCAUGUCCGAAAAUUGUGCUCAAACCGAACUGGACCUUCGAAAACCCUUUCAAUGUUAUAUCUAAUAGUACCUUCUUUUAAUAGGACCAAUAAUAGUAAAAUAAUUCUUAUUAGGUACUUACUUAUAUUACUGCCCCAAUCUACAUUCAAAUCAAAUCAAAUCAAAAUCAGUUUAUUCACGUAGGUCACGGAAAUGACACUUAUGAAUGUCAAAAAAAAAUUUUUUCUUUUUGAAUCUACCGCUACUUCGUAAAGGGUUGAGCUAAUGAGAAGAAGUUGCAAGAAACUCAUUGUCACUCUUUUAUAUCAAGAUUUACAUUUAAGUACAUCGAUUUACAUUUCAUUUCAAAUUUCAAUAUAAUAUGUAAAAUGAUGCAACAGACACACUCAAACGUCAAAUAGUCAAUGUCUUAUUCAUCAUAUCAUUCAUCUUUCGUUUCUGUUAUUAAAGAACUCUAUUAUACAUAUUUACACAUAAUGUACAAUAUUAUGUAUAAUUUAUAAAAUUUAACGUGGUACAUGCCUGUCUCACUUCCCGUGUAUGUAUCGAAAUCGUAAGUACAUGCGGCGGCCUCUACACAGUAGGAAAGCCAAUAGGGACUCACGCGCGAUCUUUGUCGUCACAGAUCCGACCGAUAUUUUAAAAAUGGAGAAACAUAAAUUAAUUAAAGCAUAUUAAAGGUCUUUGCGAUGCUAA